GGCCUCCCCUCCCCCCAGUCGGAGCUCACUGUCUCCAAGAUGGCGGCCGUGUCAGUUUGGGGCAUCUCCGCUGUCCGGCCCGGGCCCCCGGGAUCCCGGCUGUCUUCCCCCCAGGCUUAAGAUGCUCAUUUUCUGCUUGGAGCUGUGAAUGAGAUGUUCGGAGUCCGAGAGUAUGAGUGGAGUACAGACCAGUGUGUGGUGCUAUUGAGGAGUUCGAAGAUACUUCAGAAACAACACGUUGUUUUGAUUUUUAAGGUAAAAUUAGGUUGCAGUUCUGUUUUGUGAAAGGAGGGAAGACUCAGGCCGGAAAUCUUGUAUGCUAUGGUUUACUGGUCCCCACCCUCCGAGAAUCUUGUUUCCCACUGUGUAAGACUCACUCAGCAUCAGGAUAAAGGGUAGCAACUCUAUGGAUAUACGGAAUCCCUCACCAUGGUAAAACUCGCUAACCCCUUGUACACGGAGUGGAUUUUGGAGGCCAUCAAAAAAGUAAAGAAGCAGAAACAGCGGCCUUCAGAAGAAAGGAUUUGCAAUGCCGUGUCUUCAUCCCAUGGCUUGGAUCGUAAAACUGUUCUAGAGCAGUUGGAGUUGAGUGUUAAAGAUGGGACAAUUUUAAAAGUCUCAAACAAAGGUCUCAAUUCCUAUAAAGAUCCUGAUAAUCCUGGGCGAAUAGCACUUCCUAAACCUCGAAACCAUGGAAAAUUGGAUAAUAAACAAAGUGUGGAUUGGAAUAAGUUACUCAAACGGGCAUUUGAGGGCUUGGCAGAGUCUGGAGGCUCAACUUUGAAAAGUAUUGAACGCUUUUUGAAAAGCCAGAAGGAUGUGUCUGCUGCCUGUGGAGGCAGUGCUGCCUCAGGCUUUCACCAGCAGUUAAGAUUGGCCAUCAAGCGAGCCGUUGGCCAUGGCAGACUCCUUAAAGAUGGACCUCUCUACCGACUCAACACUAAGGCAGCCAGUGCUGAUGGGAAAGAGGGCUGUGAGUCGCUCUCUUGUUUACCUCCAGUGUCACUGCUUCCACAUGAGAAAGAUAAGCCAGUUGCUGAACCAAUACCCAUCUGUAGUUUCUGUCUUGGUACAAAAGAACAAAACCGGGAAAAGAAGCCUGAGGAACUCAUCUCCUGCGCAGACUGUGGCAAUAGUGGCCAUCCAUCCUGUCUAAAGUUUUCCACAGAACUGACAGCGAGAGUGAAGGCCUUAAGGUGGCAGUGCAUCGAGUGUAAAACCUGCAGCUCUUGUCGUGAUCAAGGCAAAAAUGCAGAUAACAUGCUCUUUUGUGACUCAUGUGACCGAGGUUUUCACAUGGAGUGUUGUGAUCCGCCACUCACACGGAUGCCAAAAGGCAUGUGGAUAUGUCAAAUAUGUCGACCUAGGAAAAAAGGGCGAAAACUUCUACAAAAGAAGGCGGCGCAGAUAAAACGGCGCUAUGCUAAUCCAAUAGGACGUCCAAAAAACAGGUUAAAGAAACAAAACACGGUAUCAAAAGGUCCCUUUAGCAAAGUGCGAACUGGUCCUGGAAGGGGUCGGAAACGUAAAAUCCCUCUCUCCAGUCAAUCAGCGUCGUCAUCAGAAGAAGGAUAUUUAGAGCGAAUAGAUGGCUUGGACUUCUGCAGAGAUAGCAAUGUCCCCUUGAAGUUCAACAAGAAAACCAAAGGGCUCAUUGAUGGCCUUACCAAAUUCUUCACCCCUUCUCCUGAUGGGCGGAAAGCCCGUGGGGAGGUGGUAGACUACUCUGAGCAGUACAGAAUCAGGAAAAAGGGCAACAGAAAAUCAAGCACUUCAGAUUGGCCCACAGACAAUCAGGAUGGCUGGGAUAGCAAACAAGAAAAUGAGGAGCGGCUUUUUGGGAGCCAGGAAAUCAUGACGGAGAGAGAUAUGGAAUUAUUUCGUGACAUCCAGGAACAAGCGCUGCAGAAAGUCGGAGUAACUGGGCCCCCUGACCCACAAGUCCGCUGUCCCUCUGUCAUUGAGUUUGGGAAGUAUGAAAUUCACACCUGGUAUUCCUCUCCAUAUCCUCAAGAAUAUUCAAGGCUGCCUAAAUUGUAUCUUUGUGAGUUCUGUCUAAAAUAUAUGAAAAGUAGAACUAUUCUACAGCAGCACAUGAAGAAAUGUGGUUGGUUCCAUCCUCCUGCCAAUGAGAUUUACCGAAAGAAUAAUAUUUCUGUCUUUGAGGUUGAUGGGAAUGUGAGUACCAUUUAUUGUCAAAAUCUGUGUCUCUUGGCAAAGUUGUUUCUUGACCACAAAACUCUGUAUUAUGACGUGGAGCCAUUUCUUUUCUAUGUUCUGACACAAAAUGAUGUCAAGGGCUGCCACCUUGUUGGCUACUUUUCUAAAGAAAAGCACUGCCAACAGAAAUACAAUGUCUCUUGUAUAAUGAUUCUUCCCCAAUACCAACGUAAGGGCUACGGCAGGUUUCUCAUCGAUUUCAGUUAUUUGUUAUCAAAGCGUGAAGGCCAAGCAGGGUCCCCUGAGAAACCACUGUCAGAUCUAGGUCGUCUUUCCUACAUGGCUUACUGGAAAAGUGUAAUAUUGGAGUGCCUUUAUCACCAAAACGAUAAACAAAUCAGCAUUAAGAAACUAAGCAAGUUGACUGGAGUCUGUCCUCAAGACAUUACUUCCACACUCCACCACCUGCGAAUGCUGGACUUCCGCAGUGACCAAUUUGUGAUUAUCCGCCGGGAAAAACUUAUCCAGGAUCACAUGGCAAAGCUUCAGUUGAAUCUUCGACCUGUAGAUGUAGAUCCAGAAUGCUUACGCUGGACUCCGGUCAUAGUCUCCAACUCUGUUGUCUCAGAGGAUGAAGAAGAGGAGGCUGAUGAAGGAGACAAAGAAGAGUCCCAAGACCAAGAAAGAGAAUUAGAGACCCCUAUAAGGGUGGGAAAGUCUGUGUCUCGGGAGAACAAAGAUCAAGAUUCUUCCUCUUUAAUAGAAAGUGAAAAGAAACCAGAAGUUAAGGAACUGACUAGUUCUUCACGGUUGAGCAGACAGGCCCUUCCCCGGGACAGUCUUCCUGCCAACAGCCAGCCACUUCGGAGGGGCCGCUGUGGGAGGAAGAACAGGAAGACCCAGGAGCGUUUUGGUGAUAAAGAUUCCAAGGUGCUUGUGGAUGAGGCAUUAUCAACUCCUCAGGAACAAUAUGGAGAAUGUGAGGAAAAAUCAGAAACCUCCCAAGAACAAUACACUGAAAUUGAGGAACAGUCAGCAACGUCUCAGGUGCAACCAGCUGGGAAAGCUGACAUCCCCAAGGGAAGAUUGAGUGAGAGUGUUGAGCUGUGGCGAGGCCAGCUGAAGAAAAGCCCCGAGAGCCUGAAGUGCAGAGUGCCAGAAGGGAACGAUAGAUUGCCGUGCUGCUAUAGUGACGGGGACAGGGCUGUCUUCAGAGGCUUCAGCGAGAGUAGUGAGGAGGAGGAAGAACCAGAAAGUCCUCGCUCAAACUCGCCACCAAUCCUCACAAAGCCCACACUGAAAAGAAAGAAACCAAUUCUUCACCGAAGAAGAAGAGUCCGCAAGCGGAAGCACCACAAUAGCAGUGUAGUCACAGAAACUAUUUCUGAGACCACUGAGGUGUUAGAUGAACCAUUUGAAGAUUCUGACUCUGAAAGACCAAUGCCGAGACUGGAGCCUACAUUUGAGAUUGAUGAAGAAGAGGAGGACGAGGAUGAAAAUGAGCUCUUCCCCAGAGGGUACUUUCAUCGCUUGUCCUCACAGGAUGUCCUUAGGUGUCAGUCCUCCUCAAAGAGGCCAGCUAAAGAUGAGGAGGAAGAAGAGGAGUCAGAUGAUGUGGAUGACACUCCUAUCCUAAAGCCAGUAUCUCUCUUGCGAAAAUGUGAUGUAAGCAGUGCUUCACUUGAGCCAGAUACCUCUACACCUAUGAAAAAGAAAAAGGGAUGGCCCAAAGGCAAGAGCCGAAAACCUAUCCACUGGAAGAAAAGACCUGGACGAAAACCAGGAUUUAAACUGAAUCAGGAAAUCAUAGCUGUUUCUACACAAGAAUGCAUAAUUGAGCCCAUAGUUCCCAUCAAACCUGGACGUAAACCCAGAACGCAAGAAAAUGAAGAAAUCGUUGAGGUAAAGGAGGACUUGCCCUUGUUGGAAGAAAGGAAGGAGGAGCUGCAUACAGAAGCAGACGAAGAGGCUGAGGAGGAAGAGGACACAACUAGCAGUGACAUUAGAGCCAUGUCCCCAUUGGACAGUAGCAACAGUCCUGAGGCAGAACCCAAAGAACCCGAGGCAGAUGAGGAAGAUGAGAAGCCCUUGGAAGAGCAGAGGCAAUCUGAGGAAGAGCCUCCAGAGCUGGAAGAACAGGAGCCAGAGGAAGACGAUGAAGUGACUGCAGAGGCAAACCAGAAUGAGGACCAUGAUGCUGACGACGAGGAUGAUGGCCAUCCAGAUUCCCUGAAGACAAAAGAGCCAGAGGAACAGGCAGCUGGAGGAGACCCCAAGGAGGAGCCUGGCAUCCAGGAGUCUUUUUUAGAUGCAAACAUGCAGGACAGUAGGGAGAACAUAAAGGAUAAGGAUGAAACUGAGCCGGAUUCUGAAGAGGAACAGCCUUCCCAUGAGGCAUCUGUGGUGUCAGAGACCAUGCCGGGGUCUGAGGAGGACCACGAAGAAGACUCAAACACUAAAGAAGAACUAAUUGAGCUAAAAGAAGAGGAAGAGAUUCCACACAGUGAAUUGGACUUGGAAACUGUACAGGCGGUGCAGUCUUUGACUCAAGAAGAAAGCAGUGAGCAUGAAGGAGCCUACCAGGACUGUGAGGAAACUCUUGCAGCCUGCCAGACUCUGCAGAGUUACACCCACACUGAUGAGGACCCUCAGAUGUCAAUAGUUGAAGACUGUCAUGCUUCCGAGCAUAAUAGCCCAAUAUCUUCCAUUCCAUCUCAUCCCAGUCAAUCAGUUCGCUCAGUUAGCAGCCCCAGUGUGCCUGCCCUGGAGAGUGGCUAUACACAGAUCAGCCCAGAGCAAGGAUCGCUGUCCGCACCCUCUAUGCAGAACAUGGAGACCAGCCCCAUGAUGGAUGUGCCUUCCGUAUCAGACCACUCUCAGCAGGUGGUGGACAGUGGCUUCAGUGACCUGGGCAGCAUCGAGAGUACCACAGAGAACUAUGAGAACCCAAGCAGCUAUGAUUCCACCAUGGGCAGCAGCAUCUGUGGGAAUAACUCCUCUCAGAGUAGCUGCUCCUAUGGUGGUUUGUCGUCUUCAAGCAGCCUCACCCAGAAUAGUUGUGUUGUUACUCAGCAAAUGGCAAACAUGGGCAACAGCUGCAGCAUGCUGCAACAAAGCAGUGUCCAGCCUGCUGCCAACUGUAAUAUCAAGUCACCUCAGACUUGUGUGGUGGAAAGGCCUCCCAGUAACCAGCAGCCACCGCCGCCACCACCACCACCACCACCACCACCACAGCAGCAGCAGCAACAGCAACAACAACAGCAACCGGCACCACAGCCUCCCCCACCACAGCCACAACAGCAACAGCAGCCCCCACCCCCACAACCCCAGCCCCCGCCCCCGCCCCAGCAGCAGCCUCCUCUGUCGCAGUGCAGUAUGAACAACAGCUUCACUGCGGCUCCAAUGAUUAUGGAGAUACCAGAGUCUGGAAGCACUGGGAACAUCAGCAUCUAUGAGAGGAUUCCAGGGGAUUUUGGUGCUGGCAGCUACUCUCAGCCAUCAGCCACCUUCAGUCUAGCCAAGCUGCAGCAGCUGACUAACACCAUUAUGGACCCUCAUGCCAUGCCUUACAGCCAUUCUCCUGCUGUGACUUCCUAUGCAACCAGUGUUUCUCUGUCUAAUACUGGACUGGCUCAGCUAGCUCCAUCUCAUCCCUUAGCUGGGACCCCUCAAGCACAAGCCACCAUGACUCCACCCCCAAACUUGGCAUCUACUACUAUGAACCUCACAUCACCUCUGCUACAGUGCAACAUGUCUGCCACCAACAUUGGCAUUCCUCACACUCAGAGGUUGCAAGGGCAGAUGCCAGUCAAGGGGCACAUUUCUAUCCGCUCCAAGUCUGCACCUUUACCCUCUGCAACUGCACACCAACAACAACUAUAUGGCCGCAGCCCGUCAGCAGUUGCCAUGCAGGCUGGCCCUCGAGCAUUGGCUGUUCAGCGUGGCAUGAACAUGGGGGUUAAUUUAAUGCCCACUCCAGCCUAUAAUGUCAAUUCCAUGAAUAUGAACACCUUGAAUGCCAUGAACAGCUAUCGAAUGACACAACCCAUGAUGAAUAGCAGUUACCAUAGUAACCCUGCCUACAUGAACCAGACAGCACAGUAUCCUAUGCAGAUGCAGAUGGGAAUGAUGGGGAGCCAGGCCUAUACCCAGCAGCCUAUGCAGCCAAACCCUCAUGGAAACAUGAUGUACACUGGCCCCUCCCAUCACAGCUAUAUGAAUGCUGCUGGCGUGCCCAAGCAGUCACUUAAUGGACCUUACAUGAGAAGAUGAGCGAGAUGAACUUGCAGUUAAAAUCUUAAAUAUAUAUAAAUAAAGGAACUUUUUAUACUGACAAACCAGAGAAAAAAACGGACCUUUUUUCCAGUUAAAAUAUUACUGUAGAAUUAGAGGAAUUUUUCUUUGGUUUAUUAUUAUUAUUACUGUUUUGUUUUUAGAAAACCUGAUCUCUUUUUUGGGGGUUCAAUGUUGUUCUGGGUUUUUGUUUUCUUCAGUCUUGAACAUUUUACAGUAGAACUCAUCUAAAAAUGGAUUUGGGUGGGGAAACAUGCACAAAAUCUUUUCAUAAUUAAAAGGAGCCUUACUUUCUUUAUACACCACAUGAACAGAAUUUAUGUAAGCGUGAACUUAUUUUAUUUUAAAAUGUAUGUUUCCCCUCACUGUCUGCAGCUCCCAAUGUUGUCCUUUUUAAAUGUUAUAUAUACAUCUCAAGGGUCAGCCAGACCCUUUCCUCCAAACCCAACCUUUCAUUGCCCACUUCAUUCCAGCAGGAGGCACUUAGGGGAGUAGGGAUGGGGAUAUGGAGAGCAUCCCAAGCUCCUGAAACAUAAUGCUAUUAUUAUUAUUAUUAAUAAUAAAGUGAGGCAGGAAAUGCUUCUCCUGUAAAAUUCCCUCCCCUCCCUGUACAAACACACACCUCUGGAAACCUUUCCCCAAGAGUGUUUCUAGGUAGAUUUCAUUGAAAUACCUGUUUUUCUUGAAUCAAGUGUAAUAUAAUUCUUUUUUUUUUUUUUAAUAUUCCCA